AUGAAAUUCCUCUUGAUCUCAAUAGCUUUGCUUUCAUUUUAGGUAAGCAGCGUAACUGUUAAUUCAACUGAUGUUUGCUUAUGCACAACAGUUUAGACAAUAAAAGAUUGCCUUUUAAACUCUAAAUGUGAAUGGGAUAGUACAACUUCAAAGUGUAAAACAGUAACAACUUAAACAACUACAACAAGAUUCAUAUCAAAGCUUUGUACUGAUACAAAAACUUGUCCAAAGUAAUAGGGUUGUGCUUUUUCUGAAAAUAAAUGUAUAAUGAUGGGAGAUUGUUAAUCAUAUUUGGGUAAUUCAAAUGCUGAAUGUUAAAAGUAUUCUUCUAGAUGUAAUUACAAUAAAGAAUAAAAAACAUGCACUUCAAGUGAUGUAUGUAGUUAGUAUAGUGGAGAAGGUUAAUAAACUGAAUGUGAAAGUAUAACUUAAUAAAAUGGGGAUAAAUGGUGUAAAUUUGAUACUACUGAUAAUAAAUGCUUAACAAAAAAAUGUUCAGAUUAUGAAAAAACAACAGAUGCUGAUUGUGCUGCUGCAUUAUAAGAUGCUAAAUGUGUAAGUGAUAAAAAAAAAUGUUUAUCUUAAUUAGUUAAUUGUGAAACAUACACAGCAGAAUUGUGUUUAAGUGUAAAUGCAUUGAAUGGACCAUGUGAAUUAAAAAGUACUGAUAAAACUAAAUGUUAAUCAAAAACAUGUUAAGGUGCUACAGAUUCAAAAACUGAUACUGCUUGUGAUUCAUAUUUAAAAGGAUGCAUUACAAAUAAUUUGACUUGUUUCUAAACUUUACCUUCUUGUUCAACAUAUUCAGUUACUGAUUGUCCACAAGUGAAAGGAAAUAAAGGAACUUGUAUAUUAACAUCAGGUGAAACACCUACUUGUAGAGAUCCUAAAUGUGAAGAUUAUACAGAAGGUACAGAUGAAGCUUGCAAGACUAAAGAUCCAUCAUGUAUAACAAAUGGAGCUUAUUGUGUAUUAAGCUUAGCUGAUAAAUGUGAUAGUUAUACAACUGGAAAUUGUGAUAAUAUAUUUACUAAAGAAGGAAAAUGUAAAUCUACAGAUACUUCUAAAUGUGGUCUUGAUUAAUGUACAAAUUAAAGUAAAACAACAAAUGAAGAAUGUGGUAAAUAUUAAGGAACUGAUGCACCUACUUGUAUCACAAAUGGAGUAUCUUGUGUAAAGAGUUUAGAAGCUACUUGUUCUCUUAUCACAGUAUCUGAAGGUAGUAGCUGUGAAUAAUAUAUUAGUAAGGAAGGUAAAUGUAAAUUAAAGGAUGGAUCACCAUCCACAUGUGAAUUAGAUUCUUGCAACACUAAAACUUUUACUACAGAUGAAGAAUGCAAUAAAUAUUCAAGUCAAAAUGUAGCACCUGCAAUUAUUUGUAAAACCAAUGGUCUUAAAUGUGUAGAUAAUUUAAAUACUUGUGAUUCUUAUUUAAAAGAAGAAGGUUGUUCAUCACUUAAAGGAUCUGAUGGAUAAUGUAUGGAUGAUUCAACUGAAGGAUCUACAAAAUGUAUACUAGCUACUUGUGAUAAAAUCUCAUCACCAUCAGUUCUAACUUGUCCAGCUGGAAAUUCAACUUGCAAAUUUGAUGGAGUAAAUUGUGUUAAAGAUUUGAAAACAUGUGAAAACUAUACAUCAAAUUGUGAUAAUAUGAUUUCAAGUAAUGCUAAAGCAUGUACAACUAAUCCAACUGAUUCUUCUAAAUGUAUUACUAAAUCAUGUACUACUGCUCCAGCUACUACAUCUACAAAUGAAGAUUGUAAUAAAUACUUUGCAGGAUGUGUUACUACUGGUUAAGGAUGUAUUGCAUCAUUAUCAACUUGUGAUUCCUAUAAAGGUAUUAAAAGUACUUGUGAGAAAUAUAUUGGUACAGAUGGCAAAUGUACUGCAGAUGAUGCAAAUAAAGCUGAAGAUAAAUGUAAACCUAAAGAUUGUGCUAAUGCUACAUCAGUAACUAAUGAUCAAUAAUGCAAUACUUAUUCUAAUUUAUGUUUUUAUAGUGCAAAGAUUUAAAAAUGUUAAAAAAAGGUUACUGCUUGUAAUGGAAUAAAAUCAUAAACAGAAUGUGAAAAUUCAUUAACAUCUGAAUCUUCUGUGUUUUGCACUUGGAAUGGUGCAGCAUGUGUUUAAGCUACUUGUAAUACUAUUUAAAAUGUGAAAAAUAAAGAGACUUGUGCAGUCUAUGGGGUUAAUUGUGAAUUUGAUAAUAUAAGUGGAUGUAAAGAUAAGACUAAUUAUACUUGUUCAACACUUAGAUCAGCUAGUUUAUGUUUAUAAGAUUCUGCCUCAAAUGCAUGUGUUUGGGAUUCUACUAAUAAAACAUGUAUUAUGUAUAAUAAAUGUUCUGAUUAUCCAUUAACACCUCCCAAAGAAAAUGAAGCUAAAACUGCUGAAUAAAUUGCUAGUGAAACAGAAAUUUGUAAAUUAUUAUCAAAUAAAUGUUAUUCUAAUGGAGGUAAUACAUGUGUUUCUAAAACACCAUGUUCUGUUAUUAAAGAAGAAAAAAAUUGUAUUGGUAGUAUAGGAAUAGAUGAUAAAGUUUGUGGUUAUGAUGCUAAAGCAACUGCUUGUAAAACAUUUGGUUAAUGUUCUGAUGUUGAAUUAUUAACUCAUGCUGAAUGUCAAAAGUAUAGUCCUACUUGUACAACAGAUGGUAAAACCUGUGUUGCUAUAAAAAAUUGCUCAGAUGCUACCACUAAGGAAUUAUGUGAUCUUGGAGGCACAGAUGGAAAAUGUGCUUGGUCAGGUACUGCUUGUAGUCUCUGGACUUGUUAGGAUGGUACAGGUACAACUCAUGAAGCUUGCAACAAAUUAUCAACUUCAUGCACUACAGAUGGAACUAAAUGUAUGAAUAUUGGAGAGUGUAGUAGUUACACAGAUAAAAAUUGUGUUUUGGGAUUAAAAAAUACUCCUUGCUUUUAUGAUAAAGAAAAAUCAACAUGCAGAAAUAAAGUAUGUACUGAUUACUCUAAUGUGACUGGUUAAGAUGAAUGUGAUAAAGCUGGUUGUGCUUAUGAUCCUGAAACUAAAGCUUGUAUUGUUAUUGACAAAUGUUCUGUUUACAAAAAAGAAGCAAUUUGUAAUCUUAAUAAAUAAGCAGAUAAGAAGGAAUGUGUAUGGAGACUUGGAAAGGUUUCUAAUACAACUGAUGGAUGUUUAGAAUUAAAUGCUUGUUCAAAUGCUUCUUCUAAUUAGGCUAAAUGUGAAAAAAUGAGUAAUUGUUACUUUGUUCCAGCUAUUUCAAAUGGUACAACAACAACUGAUUCUUAAUGCAAAGAUAUGGAUUGUUAUGGCAAAAAUCAAUAAGUGAUAACUAAAGGUUUAUGUAACCCAUUUAAAACUUCGACUACUGAUGGAAAGAAUGAAAAAAUAACUUUCUGUACUUGGAGUGAUACUAAAAAACAAUGUUAAGAAGGAGAUCCAUCAGGAGAUCUUACAGCUGAAAAUUGCUUUGCUUUAUCAUAGUACACAUAUUAUUGGAGUACAACUCAAAGCAAAUGUGUUUCAUGUUCAGGUGGAAAUACAUAACCUAAUAAUACCACAAAUGGAACAACCAAUGGAACUGAUUCAAAUAUAACAAAUAGUUAAGGAUUUAAGUUAGAAUUAAUAAUAUACAUCCUAUUAUUAAUCUAAUUAAUUUGAG